AUGGCGACCAAGGCCGCCGCGGCGGCCACCGUGUCGCUGGACCUCGCCGCGGGACGGCGCCACCACCACCAUCGCCCGAGCUCGGCGGCGCGCCCGUCCGCCCUCCCCGCCGCCCCCGCCCCCGCCGCCAUCCGCGGGCUGCGCGCGCGCGGGCGCCGCGUGGUCCCCGCGGCGGCGGCGGCGGCCCCGGCGGUGCAGGCGGGCGCCGAGGAGAUCGUGCUGCAGCCCAUCAAGGAGAUCUCCGGCACCGUCAAGCUGCCCGGGUCCAAGUCGCUGUCCAACCGGAUCCUCCUGCUCGCCGCCCUGUCCGAGGGGACAACAGUGGUUGAUAACCUGUUGAACAGUGAGGAUGUCCACUACAUGCUCGGGGCCUUGAACACUCUUGGGCUCUCUGUCGAAGCAGACAAAGUUGCCAAAAGAGCUGUUGUUGUUGGCUGUGGUGGAAAGUUCCCAGUUGAGGACGCUAAAGAGGAAGUGCAGCUCUUCUUGGGGAAUGCUGGAACUGCAAUGCGGCCAUUGACAGCAGCUGUUACUGCUGCUGGUGGAAAUGCAACUUACGUGCUUGAUGGAGUACCAAGAAUGAGGGAGAGACCCAUUGGCGACUUGGUUGUCGGAUUGAAGCAGCUUGAUGCGGACGUUGAUUGUUUCCUUGGCACUGACUGCCCACCCGUUCAGAUCAAUGGAAUUGGAGGGCUACCUGGUGGCAAGGUCAAGCUCUCUGGCUCCAUCAGCAGUCAGUACUUGAGUGCCUUGCUGAUGGCUGCUCCUUUGGCUCUAGGGGAUGUGGAGAUUGAAAUCAUUGAUAAAUUAAUCUCCAUUCCCUAUGUCGAAAUGACAUUGAGAUUGAUGGAGCGUUUUGGCGUGAAAGCAGAGCAUUCUGAUAGCUGGGACAGAUUCUACAUUAAGGGAGGUCAAAAAUACAAGUCCCCCAAAAAUGCCUAUGUUGAAGGUGAUGCCUCAAGUGCAAGCUAUUUCUUGGCUGGUGCUGCAAUUACUGGAGGAACCGUGACUGUUGAAGGUUGUGGCACCACUAGUUUGCAGGGUGAUGUCAAAUUUGCUGAGGUACUGGAGAUGAUGGGAGCUAAGGUUACAUGGACCGAGACCAGCGUAACCGUCACUGGCCCACCACGGCAGCCAUUUGGGAGGAAACACCUCAAGGCUAUUGAUGUCAACAUGAACAAAAUGCCUGAUGUCGCCAUGACUCUCGCUGUGGUUGCCCUCUUUGCCGAUGGCCCAACAGCUAUCAGAGAUGUGGCUUCCUGGAGAGUAAAGGAGACCGAGAGGAUGGUUGCGAUCCGGACGGAGCUAACCAAGCUGGGAGCAUCUGUGGAGGAAGGCCCGGACUAUUGCAUCAUCACACCGCCGGAGAAGCUGAACGUGACGGCAAUCGACACGUACGACGACCACAGGAUGGCCAUGGCCUUCUCCCUUGCCGCCUGCGCCGAGGUCCCCGUCACAAUCCGGGACCCUGGGUGCACCCGGAAGACCUUCCCCGACUACUUCGAUGUGUUGAGCACAUUCGUCAAGAACUAG